AUGGAUCUGGGCGAGAAGCCACCUGCCUACGCGGAAGUUCAACAGGAUGAGUUCACAAAGCAAGAUUUUGUCGAUCUAAUGAAACACUUCUACAAAAAGGAUUGGAUGACUGGCACUGGCGGUGCGAUGGGGAUUCGAAUCGGUGAUGAGCUCUGGAUUAGUCCAUCCGGUGUGCAAAAAGAGCGAAUAAAGCCAUCCGAUAUUUUUAUCUAUGAUUUUAAAACGUUGACAAUUCUGCAACAACCAAAAAAUCAAAGAAUAAAAGCUUCUGCAUGCGGGCAUCUCUUUGUUGAAAUCAUGAAAAGAAGAGAUGUGAAAUGUGUGAUCCAUACGCAUUCGCUCGCUUCCAAUCUCGUCACAACCGAGAGAUCCUCCUUCUUCACGCCUUCGAACAAAUGGAAAACCCAUGAACAAGAAUACAUCAAAGGAAUCUACAAUCCGGUAGAGAAGAGGAACUAUCGUUACAGUGAAACGGUGAAAGUGCCGAUUGUCGAGAACACGGAUACGGAAGAUCAGCUUUUGCCUCAACUCUGCGAUGUUCUUGAUGAACAUCCAGAGGCGACAGCGAUGCUCGUCAAGAAUCACGGGGUUUUCGUUUGGGGUGACUCGUGGGAGCAAACGAAAAUCAUGCUUGAAUGCUACGAUUAUCUCUUCGCAUUGUCUGUCGAAAUGCGAAAAUUUCCUGUCGCUAGCCGAACUUUAAUUGGA